UUCAAUUAAAUUUAAUAAAUGAUUAAAUGAUAAUACUGCGUUUACCUUCUAAGUGAAAUAUUUUACAUAACCAAUGACAGUUCGGCCGACACAAUGGCCGAAAUCAGUUGGAAUGCCAGCUUUGUAUUUUCUAUCUGGAAACAAUAUAAUCUCAGAAAUAAUAGGAAAUUUUAAUUUGGAGAAAUUAAAUCAAUAUGAAGAUGAACGUCUUCCUCUGCAGUAUAUUAGUAAUCUUAGCUAUAUCAAAUGCAAAUGAUUCGAAUGAGAAUAAAAAGAAAUCAUGGCGUGAUAAAGAUAUAAGAGAUAUGACAGAUGCAGAUUUGGAACAUUUAUUGGAUCAAUGGGAGGAAAAUGAAGAACCUUUGCCACCAGACGAACUCCCCGAAUAUCUUAGACCAAGUCCAAAAAUAGAUUUAUCGCAGAUAGAUGUCUCCAAUCCUGAUAAUGUGCUCAAAAUGACGAAAAAAGGUAAAGGUGUUAUGAUGUUUGUGGAUGUAAUGGAAGAUAUUUCACAAGAUCAAGCAGAAAUUGUAAUGCGCAUUUGGCAGAGUAGUCUACAAAACAAUCAUAUCAUAGCAGAAAGAUAUCCAAUUGAUCUUAAGCGAUCAGUCUUCUUAUUCCGGGAAGGAUCUCAAGCUGUUGAUGCCAAGAAUUAUUUAUUAGAACAACCAGAGCUGUCUCAUGUAAUGCUCGAAGGACAAACGUACUAUAGGGAUAAGAAAAAAAAUAAAGACAAGGAAAUAAAAAACCAUAGACCAAACAAAUCAGAAUUGUAAAAUAUUAACAAAAUAAUUUCAGACAAUAUCAACUAAAAAGCAUGAUUCUUUUUUUUCUUUUCUAAUAAAAAUACACGAAUUAUUUUGAUUAAUAUAUUUUUAUAACUUUAAUAUUUGUAUGUUACUUUUGAUGACAAGAAAGGUUAAUUUUUGGGAGAAAUUACAUCUCAUUGGAAUGUCCUGUAAUGAUGACAUAUGGAAAAUAAAUCAAAAGGGAUAUAUCAAUGAUUUUUUUAAAUUACAAGUUACAAUAUUUAUAAUGUAAAUUGAACGAAUCAAUUGUAGACGUAUCAUAAAGCUAUUUCAAGGAAGAGUGAAAGAAAGAAGAACGCUUUAGGAAAUCAAUUGUUUAUCGAAUGUACAAUCAAUUUUUAUUCGAUUCUACCUACAAAAUAGAGAUCAUGAAGAUGAAUAUAUCGGAGGAAAUUGGAAGAAUAUAUAUGUCAUGGCAAUUCUAUAAUUAAAAUUUGUUAUAAGCAAAAGAAA